GAAUUGUGAAAGUACUAUUGUGGGCAUGGAAAACGACUUGGUGAAAAUCAAAGAUCAGCUGACUGGAUCGUCGUGUAAUCUGGAAAUCACCACGAUUGUGGGGAUGGGAGGGAUAGGUAAAUCCACACUGGCUAAAAUGCUGUACGACGACCCACUGAUAGUGUACCACUUCUAUGUUCGUGCAUGGAUUACUGUUUCCCAAGAUUAUCGAGUGAAAACAAUGUUGCUAGGCCUUAUUCGUUUUGUUGCUCAGCUGACGGAUGAUGUAUGCGCAAAGUACGAUGAGCCUGACGAGCAGAAUCGUGUAGUCUUGAAAGAUGGUAUCAACCAGCUGAGUGAUCAAAGUUUAGCCGAGCAACUGUACCGGAGCUUAAAGGGUAAGCGGUAUCUUAUCGUAAUGGACGAUGUUUGGUGUAAUGACGCGUGGGAUGAUGUCAGGCGCUCGUUUCCGGACGACAAGAAUGGAAGCCGUAUUAUUCUGACCAGCCGCCUUAUGGAAGUGGCUCUUCGUGUUAAUGCCAAGAGUGCCCCACAUCAUAUGCAGUUUCUGAGUGUAGAUGAAGGGUGGGAGCUGCUAAAGUCGAAGGUCUUCUCGAAAAGACAAGGCUGUGCUUCUGAAGAACUGGAGGAAAUCGGGAGGCGAAUAGUGGACAAGUGUCGAGGCCUCCCCCUAGCAAUCGUGGUUAUCGCAGGCCACCUGUCGAAAACGGACAAGAACGUAGACGUUUGGACAAGGGUUGCAGACAAUGUAGGCUCGCUUGUGGCGAAAAACCAAGAGCAAUUCUCGAACAUUAUAGCUAUGAGUUACAACCACUUACCUCACCAUUUAAAAGCUUGUUUCCUCUACAUGGGAGCUUUCCCCGAAAAUAUUGAUGUCCCCAUGUGGAGAAUUAUAGCGUUGUGGAUUGCGGAGGGGUUUUUGAAGCGAGAAACGACGAAAAUCUUGGAAAAGGUGGCUGAGGAGUAUUUGGAGGACCUCAUCGACAGAAGUUUAAUUUUGGCCGAAAAGAGGAUUAAUGGCAGAGUCUCGACAUGUCGAAUCCAUGAUCUUGUUCGUGAAUUUUGCUUGAGACAAGCCGAGAAAGAAAACUUUUGGUAUGUUAUGAGGAGGCGGGACCUACUUUCUCCCGAAGGCCUACAGAACCACCGCCGCCUAUGUGUCCACUCGGACAUAUUUCCGUAUGCCGUCUCCGAAUAUUCGAAUCCGCAAGUUCGUACCUUACUAUCAUCAAAUUCUUCGACCGGGCUGUCCUUUUUGCCGGAUUCUGUGCUCUCUUGUUUGGGUUUUAAACUGCUCAGGAUAUUGGAUUUGAUCAGCUACUAUUUCAGCGAUUUUCCGAUUCAAGUACUGAAACUGUUUCAUCUGAGGUAUCUUGCCCUCUCAACGAGCGGUGAGCUUCCUACAAAAGCAUCUAAACUCGGAAGAGAUUUUGGGAAAUGGUGCAAUAUCCCAUUCUCGAAAAGAACAACCAAUCCUCCUAUAUCGAUAUCCAAUCUCGUGAAUCUAGAGAUCUUGAUCGUUCAUUGGGGGAUGCGGGAAAGCCACAAUCUACCGUUGGAUAUCCAGAUGAUGACACAGUUGAGGCACAUCCAUUUGAAGGGUGCAGUUGUUUAUUUUGACGAUCUCUUCCUAAUGGAGACGAAAAACCCGUUGGUAUUAUCGAAUCUACAAACUCUUCUGACCGUGAGCUCGGCAAAUUUCAGCCAAAAAAAAAUGUUCCCUAUGGCUAUCGUCCCCAACCUUAAGAAGUUGGGAAUUAUAGUAUCAGACAAGAACCAUGAUUUUUUUCUCAACGACCUCUCCUCUCUACACUGUCUCGAAACAUUGAAGUUGACUUUUGUUGACUCGCGGAACGAGAAUUCUUCGGCAGUAUCGAGGUGGGAUGCCUUCCCGCCGAAGCUCAGGGCAUUGACUUUAUGUGGUGGCCACCUGCCGUGGGAAGAUAUGGUCAACAUUGGUAAAAUACCCGAGCUGGAGGUGCUCAAGGUGAAAGACCGUGCCUUUGCGGGGAGAAUAUGGGAAACGGCCGACGAAGGGUUUCUCGGGCUUAAGUUUUUGUUGCUGGAGAAGAGUGAGAUCGAGAUUUGGGAAGCGACGAGCGAUCACUUCCCUCGUCUUCAACAUUUGGUUUUGAGGCUGUGUGGUUGCUUAGAAGAGAUCCCUUUCGGUGUGGGAGGGAUACCUACACUGCAAAUGAUUGAGAUUUAUUCCUGUGCGCAUUCGGUUGUUUCGUCAGCUAAAAGAAUCCAAGAGGAACAACAAAGCUAUGGCAACGAUGAUCUUGAAGUUCGAAUCAACUUGGUUUAAAGUUUAUUAAAUCCCAGCGUGUUCCAUUAUU